UGGCGGGCAGAGCAUAGCCAGUAGUCCCGGAGUCCGCUGCACCGACACACGCACGAGAUGUGGCGCACAGCUUUCUCACUUUCUACCUUCAUAACGGCGGUGUUGAUUGUGGCGGGUGACGCUGCAAGCGUCAACAUGUCAACCUCCAUCUCGGACCUCACGCAGGAGAUCGUCAUGUCCUUGAUCGUUAACCAGAUGGCAAUACUGAAGGACAUGAACGAGUCUUCCUACCUCUGUGCCUCCCGUGACAGAGAGUUUCGGGAGAUCCGGUUGUGGAAGGAGGAGGCGAAGCAACAACUACAGGCUAUAGAGGACAACUUGCGAGAGAAAGUAGAGGACGCGCAGGCGCGCAUGCAGAACAUGACGGAAGAAAUAAGGGACAACCUGCGAGGAAUGGCGGAGGACGCGCAAUCGAGGAUGCAGGCGUUGGAGGAGGAUAGGCAGCAGGCAUUGGAGGAGAGGGCGGAGGCGCAGCAGCAGGAGUUGGAGAGGAUGGAGGCGCUGCAGCAGACGUUGGAGGAGAGGGUGGAGGCGCUGCAGCAGACGUUGGAGGAGAGGGCAGAGAUGCGGCAGCAGACGUUGGAGGAGAGGGUGGAGGCGCUGCAGCAGACGUUGGAGGAGAGGGUGGAGGCGCGGCAGCAGACGUUGGAGGAGAGGGCAGAGGCACUGCAGCAGAUGUUGGAGGAGAGGGUGGAGGCGCUGCAACGAGUCAAUGAGCUGCAAGACGCAAUGAACACCCUCCAUAACGACACCGAGCCGUCCCAGUGCGGCGUAGGAACGAAAAUUCUCCACGGGGGCAAGGGCUCCGUGUUGUCUUACUAUAGCUUUUCCCUUGAUUGUAACUGGCGAGUGGUGCUGCCAUCGGGGACUCGACCUAUCUUCCACUUAGAGCUCUUGGAGGAAAGGUGUGAAGGCUGUGACUGUGGCUUUGUCCAACUGAGUGAAGUGCGUGGUCUUGACAUAAAAAGGUUAAGCAGAAUCUGUCCCAGAGAUAUACUCGUACAUGGCUGGGAUGCCUACAACGUCACCACCAACGAGUUCCUUAUUCAUUUUGAAAAUAAUUUUUUUACAAAAGGCUUCCAUUUGUACUACGAGUCCGUGUUCAUAUAGGAGAGAGAGAGAGAGAGAGAGAGAGAGAGAGAGAGAGAGAGAGAGAGAGAGAGAGAGAGAGAGAGAGAGAAACAUUGAUUGGUGUAUUCAUUGGUCUUUAUACAUGCACGUGUUGCAUACAAAGACACAUUUUUCCCCCUGGUCCAUGGGGGUGUUGCUCUUUAUGGACUGGUGUGUAGUGACUGGACUGGUGGAAGACUGUCGUCCCAAGUGUUUCUCAUCCAUGUAUACUUCAACACAUACUGAGAAAUAUUUACACUGAUGAUUACUUUGCAUAGAUAGAUACACCUCUAUUACAUUGAUAUAUUUUUUUUCUACAUUACUGUAAUACUUAAUUAAUAAUGGACUGUUUAGAAUGUUACUGAAUAUGGUAGUAAAGAUAUAAAUUACAUAUUAAGGCAGUAAUGAUAAGAGGCAUUAGGAAUUUGUACUAGUGGUAAAAUAAUAUAGAAAAAAUAAAUAAAGUAAAUAGAUAAAUAAAUUGCUUAAAAGAAAAUGAUAUUAACAUCACGAUUCAUUGUAAAUUACGAUAUGUAUAAAUGAUGGUAAUGAAUGUUGUUGUUGUUAUUAUUACCAUUGUUGUAUUAUCAUUAGUAUUAGUGCUAUUCUUAUAGUUAAAAUGUUUUGAAAUAAAGAAUUCCCAAUACUC